UAAACACAGACACCGGAUAUUUUGUGAGAGGAGAAUCUAAGUUAAACAAGGACGAGCCACACACACAUGUGAAGUAUGAGUAUGUGUGGUGUUUGCAUCUAUUUUUAUGGAAACAAGGAAAUCGGAAGGUAAUCACAUAUCCGUCUUAUAAAAGG